AAAAAAGACUCACCCAUCCCUUGUGAAAGAAAGAAAAAAAGAAAUUAGGGCGAAUUAGGUCUCCAUAAGGUCGUCCCCGGAGGCAGAGGAGCCGCGAUGCUGUGAUUGUCAACCGAGCAGGUAUUCUGGUGGCACCAAUCGCGCCCUCGCCGACAAUGCAGCGAUCGUCCUAGCGAUCGAUCGAUCGAUCGAUCGAUCGAUCGCUCGCUCCGGAGAAGAGCAGAGAAAUGAUCUGGGCAGGAUUCGCGUACGCCGCGGGCGCCGCGAUCGGCCACAGCUGCAUCGAUGCCAGCAGGAAAUGGGCGUCCCAGCGCUUCUCGGACCGCGAGCUCGUAGCUCUGGUGGCUCUCCUGGACGCGCUGCUCCUCUCCUCCAUGGCGCUCCUCUCCGGCGGCUUCGAUCUCUUCUCUUUGACGCGGCUGGACACCGAGUACGUCGCCGCGCUCCUCGUCACCGCGGCGAUCAAGGCUCUGGUGGGGUUCAUGUACCAGCGUGCUCUCCACGUCUCCCCUCUCUCGGUCACUGUUCCUUAUCUAGCUUUCACUCCAGUUCUUCUGGUUUUUACGAGCUAUGUGAUCAUCAACGAGCUCCCGAGCUCGCAGGGGCUCAUGGGAAUCGUGGUGGUCACUCUCGGCGGCUACUUCCUCGCGCUGGAUCACCCGGCGGAGGUGGAGGUGAAGAAAUCCGACGAGCCCCCGGGCAAGAUUGUCUCGGUUCUUCCUUUGCUUCCUUGGAACUCGUCCAAGGCUUGUGACAAGGUCCCAAAGUUUUCCACCGAUGGCGAUGGUGUCGUGUUGGAUCUCAGUGAGAAGAACUCCCCUUCGGUGGCGAUUCCUGGAGGGAAUUCUUCCUGGUGGCCACAGAUUCAAUGGGAAGAGGGGACGCUUCUCAUGCUGGGUGUUGCAGCGUUACUGAGCAUAAGUAACAGCCUUGACAAAAUGGCUGGUCACUUGGCACCAUCGCUUCUCAAUUUUGCCGCUCUCCAACGAGGCUUUACGGCCGUUCCCGUGGUUUUAUAUCUACUUGUCACAAGCCGCCGCCACCGCCAUCCAUCUCCAACACCCCAGGAGCAGCAACGCCCCGAUCAAACUUCUCGCUCAUGCGGCUCCUCACGCCCCGCUCCGCAAGAACAGUGUCUCUUCCAUUGCGAUUCACGCUAUCGUCUUCUUCGUCCGCGUCUCCGUCGUCUUCUUCGUCGACAGGGGCCGCGGCAGUGAGUCCAGAUGCCAUUAGAGAAAAUUUGAUCUCGUCAUCAAAGGGCAAGCAGAUCAAACGCUCCAAGUCGGCGCUCGAUGGUCACCAAAAGGAGAAGAAGCUCACCCGGCUUUACUCCGGAACGUUUCUCGUCAAGCCGACCACUCCUCGUCCUCGUCCCCGGGAAACUUCACAAGCAGACAAUGGAGCCCAAGACACUGACCAUGCCAACGACACCCAAGACGGCGAGGACGAGGAGAUCCCCGAGGAGGAAGCAGUGUGCCGCAUUUGCCUGUGCGAUCUGGGCGAGGAGGGCAAGACGCUCAAGCUCGAGUGUAGCUGCAAAGGGGAGCUGGCGCUGGCUCACGAGGAGUGCGCUCUCAAGUGGUUUGGGAUUCGAGGCAACCGCGAGUGCGAUGUUUGUGGCCAGGAGGUCGUCAAUCUCCCCGUCACGCUCGUCAGGCUCCAGCAAAACCAAAACAAUACCAACGCUGAAACUCAAGUUCUCCAGCAAGCUCAAAUGGCGUAAAUGAGUGCUCUCAACAGGAUUUGGCAUGACGUUCCCGUGCUCGUCAUGAUCAGCAUGCUCACGUACUUUUGCCUCCUCGAGCAGCUACUGGUGAGACGAAAGGGCCCUCGAGCAUUGAUGCUAGCUCUUCAUGUUUGGAAUGCUCACUGCCAUCACAGCAUCAACGCUUGAUUCUUUCGACGCACAGUGAGGCGGCGUUGUAUGUGGCUCUUUGCCAUCUUUCAGGUCGGUUUUGUCAUACUAUUUGCGCAUGUUUUCUACAGUUGGAUGAAGUUGAACCCAAUCUUGUCGAUUUCGCUGGCCGGUUUUGCGGGAUUCGGAUUGUCCAUGAUCGUGAAUGCUCUCCUCCUGGAAUGUUGGAGCUGUAGAACAAGAGCAGCGCGACAAGAAGACGCAAGCCAAGAUAUCGUGUAAAUAUGUACUGUAAUUCUCACACACUUGUUUUGUGAUAGAACAAAAUGUAUGCAUCGCUCGAGCA